AUGAAGCUAAGAACAUCUACUGCUUCAGGCACCAAAACUGCUUCAGACACUGCUGACAAGCCCAAGGUUUUUCAAGUUUCUGCCUCUAUUCUAAGGAUUGGAAGCUGGGAGUAUAAUUCAAGGAAUGAAGGGGAGUUGGUUGUAAAGUGUUACUUUGGAAAGAAGAGGCUUAUUUGGGAAGUACUUGAAGGCAGUACAAAGAGUAAGAUAGAAAUCAAUUGGUGUGAUAUUAUCGCUCUCAAGGCUAGCUGUCCUGAUAAUGAACCUGGAACACUGACUAUUGUGCUGGGUAGACAGCCUUCUUUCUUUAGCUCAAGGGAUCCAGAUCACCGUAGAUGGUACUCAACAAGAGAUUUUACAAAUGGACAGGCAAGCAUACACAGGCAACAUUUUCUGCAAUUUCAACAGGGGCUCUUAAAUGAAUUUCAAAAGCUCAUCCAGUGUGACAUGCAUCUGAAACAUUUAAGUCAACAACCAGGGAUGAUUCUGGAUUCACCAUAUUUUGAAAACCAGUCAUUUGUUUCUGAGAAUCAAAUUCAGUAUACUAUUCAAUCUGUUUCUGAUUUUCAAGAUCAAGCAUCACCAUCUGCUUCUCAAUCGUGUUCCGUAAAGAUUGGAAAGGGUGAUGUUGCUGGUAAAACUUUAGUCAUUAAAGUACAUUUCGAAGAAGCUCCUCCCAGCUCAGGAUCCAAUUAGCUGGAGUGACUAUGACAAUGAUGUGAUCGGCGAUCUGCCAUUUCUGAAAGUAAAUAAAGAGGCAAAGUAGAGAUCUUUUGCAUUUUCAUUUUUGUUUUCAAGGAAGACUCCUCAGUUGGAAGUUUUUUCUAAUGCUUUUUGCAUGCAAAAGACAAGUGCUAUGGUACUCUUUAAUUUUGCUUCUAAUCCAGAAUCCUAGUCAAAUUUGGCUUAAAUUUCUACUUUGUUACUUGAGCAUGUCCCUCUUCUUCAAUGCUUUGCAUUGUUUAGUUUACCAUCUUAAUCCAUAUCUGAGAAUUCAAAUCA